UCUGAGGGAGCUGCCCUUUGCUAGCACAGUCCGCCCUCCAUCUCUUUCCCCAGAGCCCUGGUUCCACCCCUGUGAGCGGAGCAACAUCGCCUGCAGGAAGGUGAGGGGGAAGCUGGUGGAGGAAGGCAAGUGGCCGUGGCAGGUGAGCAUCCUGUUCCUGGGCAUGCACAUCUGCAGCGGCACCCUCAUCAACCCGCAGUGGGUCCUCACGGCUGCACACUGCUUACAAAGUUCCAGGAACUCCAGCGAGUAUUCGGUGAAGGUGGGAAUCCAACGCCUCUCAGAAAAUGACACUCAGCUCCUGCUCACUCACAUCGUGAUCCACGAGAAGUUCAACGAUCUCAUUUCUCAGGACAUUGCCAUCCUGAAGCUCCGGAAUCCCAUCACCUGGUCCCGCCAAGUCAAGCCCAUCUGCCUCCCUGAUGCCAAGUUCAAGCUAUCUGCUGGCACCAUGUGUUGGGUAAUUGGGUGGCAACAACCAAAGAGUCAAGGGACCCUGAAGGCCCCCCAGCGUCUUCAGGAGGUGGCUGUCAAGAUCAGAAGCAAUGAGUUCUGCAAUCAGCAGUACCGAUUCCUCCUCCCAAAGGGCCAAGAACUCAUCGGAAAGGACAUGCUAUGUGCCAGCUCAGAAUGGGGCACAGACUCCUGUAAGGCACAGAAACAUCAUCUGCAGACAAUGAUAGAUUUACCUCCUUCUUUUCAAUGUGUAUGCCUCUUAUUUCUUCUCGUCUGAUUGCAAGGCCUAGAACAACGUUCCAGAACA